AUGUUCGGUGGAGGAUUCGGUCAGAACAACCAGCAGAGCUCCGGCUUUGGCUCGGGCAAUGCCUUUGGUGGAAGCGCAAAUACUGGUGGAGGCUUUGGAACCACAUCGUCCCCAUUUGGGGGUGGUAACACGUCAGGCGGUGGUCUGUUUGGAAAUACUUCCAGUAGCUUCGGUUCCGGCGGAGGAUUUGGCACCAAUAACCAGACACAGGGGAACUCCUUGUUCGGCACGUCGAAACCCAGCGGCUUUGGCACUACACAACCUAGCGGCACCGGCAGUUUAUUUGGAUCCAACGCCACCUCGACUGCAGGUAACAGUGGCUUCGGCGGCUUUGGCUCCCCUGCGAACACCGGCAGCAGCGGCUUCGGCGGCAGUACUGGUGGUGGACUCUUCGGCGCCAACAAAACUACCGGCGGAUUCGGCAACACAACUGGUACUACUGGCUUCGGUACAAGCGGUGGCAGCACCGGCGGGUUUGGAGGCGGAGUCGCACCGGCCUUCGGGGGCGGCAGCGGUACGGCUUUCGGCCAAGCCGUUCCUCCCUCCGACGGUACUGGCAGCACCCCGUUCAGUCCCUUCACCGAGAAGGACGCCGCUAGCAGUGUGACAAAUCACUACCAGAGCAUCACUUUCAUGCAGCCAUAUAGCAAGUAUUCUUUCGAGGAGCUUCGGCUAGGCGAUUACAACGGAGGCCGUCGAUUCGGAAACGGUAGUGGACAAGCGGGCGCCUUCGGCGCUCCCGCCUUUGGCGGCUCAGGCUUUGGAACCCAGCAAUCCACUGGUUUCGGAUCAGGCGCGAACACCUCUUCGCCAUUUGGCGCAAACACCAGUGCCCCCUCCGCCUUUGGCAGCACAACCCAAACCACAGGUGGGUUUGGCGGUACCACUUCCAACCCGUUGUUCGGAGCCCAGAAGCCGGCCAACACCCUCUUUGGCGGCGGAUCGACAGCCGCUACUACUACCCAGUCGAGUUUAUUCGGUGGUAACACGGCAACCUCGGGUGGCUUUGGAAACACUACUGGAAGCACUGGCUUUGGAGCUGGAACGGGUACCGGGGGACUGUUCGGCAGCAGCGCCAGCAACAACCAGCAACAGAGCAAACCUCUCUUCGGCGGAGGCAAUACCUCGACUGGUGGGAGCGCAUUUGGUGGCUUCGGCACGCAGAACACGAGCACUGCCUCCCCCUUUGGCGGCACCACAGCUACGUCUUCUCCGUUUGGAGGUCAACAGCAGCAGCAGCAGCAGUCGGGCAGUGGUUUGUUUGGCGGUACCGGCUUUGGCCAGCAGAAUCAAGCUCAGAAUCAGGCACAGACCCCGAAUAAAGGGCUAUUUGGUGGAUUUGGCGCUAACUCACAGCAGCAGCAACAGACGAGUACUCCGAGUCUUUUCGGUAGCAACACCGGCACCGGCACCGGCACGACCGGCUCCUCCCUCUUCGGUCAGAACCAGCAGACCCAGCAACCGGCGGGCGGCGGUCUAUUCGGAAGCUCCAGCAAUACCCAGCCAGCCCAAUCGAACUCCCUGUUCGGCGGAGCGCAGCAAGGCCAGAAGAGUCUGUUCGGAGGAGGCACCACAGGCACUGGCACCGGCGCGAGUCCAUUUGGAGGGUUCGGUAAUACACAGAACCAGCAGACUGGUGGCGGCUCGAGUCUCUUCGGCGGCGGUGCGGCCCAGCAACAGCAGAAGCCCAGUCUAUUUGGUGGAGCUGGAGCCUCGGGCGGUGGUUCCCUCUUUGGAGGAGGCGCAAGUACCACGACGCCGGCUGCCGGCGGAUCCCUCUUUGGCGGCGCCACGAGCCAGAAUCAACCGACGGCUACUCUGGGCACCUCCAGCCUCUUUGGCGGCAGCCAGUCUCAGUCUACCCCACAGCUGGGCCAGCAGCCCGCCCCUGGUAGCUUGCAGGCAUCUCUGCUCGAAGGAAACCCAUAUGGGAACCAGUCCAUCUUCUCUGGUCUGCCAGCCCCCAGUGCUGCAAGCCCGGGCCCCUUGGCCACCCCACUUUCUUCCGCCAGCAAGCAGAAGCAACGAACCCCUCUUCCCGUUUACAAAAUCACGCCCACUGCCGCCAACCGUCUCCUGACUCCGCCCAAACGUGGCUAUGGGUUCUCGUACUCCACAUAUGGGUCUCCCUCAAGCACCAUCAACACUCCGGGUGGACUCGGUGGUAGCGUUCUCGGUGGCUCCGUCAUGCGCAGCAGCUUCAACUCUAGCAGUUUAGGCCGCACCAGCUUCAGCAAGAGUCUUUCCACCAGCAGCCUGCGGAAGACAUUCGAUCCCGAAGCUGAUAGUGUUCUUUCCCCCGGUGCUCUCUCUUCCGGUGGCUCCCGUCUCUCCAGCGGAGGCCUGAAGCGUCUCACUAUCGAUCGGAGCUUGCGGAACGACCUGUUCACACGCUCCACCAGUACACCCCCUGCUGCCAUCACCAACGGAGAUGAGGCUGCCUCGCCUAUGGACAAAGGGAAGAAGAAGGUUAGCUUCGAGUCUUCAUCUGAAUUGGCACACACCGGCGGUGAGAUUGUGCCUGUCGAUACUCAAAGCCCUGAGCCAACCCCGGAGGAGCUAGGUUUCCUGCGUUCUGUGCGCAAGAGUGGCACCAUCAACGGCAUCAAUGGAACCAAGUCCCCGGAGACUGUCGCUCGUUCUGAGAUGGAAUCCGUCCGUAACAACGAGUCGCCCGCUGUUCCGGAGCGUGCGGAACAGACUGCCACCGGCACUGCUCCCAAGCGACUUUCCUUCAUUCCUGGCGGAGACCCGCAGCCGGGCGACUACUUUAUGAAGCCUACCCGCGCAGAGCUUAGCAAGAUGAGUCGGGAGCAAUUGAAGAAGGUUGUGGGUUUCACUGUGGGACGCGAGCACUGCGGUCAGGUUACUUUCGAUGAGCCUGUCGAUCUGACUACCAUCGACCUGGACAAGGUCUGUGGCGGAUUUGUCGACAUCGGAGUGCGCAAAAUCACCGUGUAUCCCGACGAAACCAUAAAACCACCCCGCGGUAAGGGCUUGAACGUGCCGUCGAUCCUUCGUAUUGAAAACUCCUGGCCCCGUGGCCGCGAUAAGAAGUCGCCUUCGCCCCUGACGAGCGGGCCGUUGUUCGACAAGCAUGUCGACCGGUUGCUCAAGGUGCACAACACCGAGUUUAUCGACUAUGAAGUGGAAACCGGCACAUGGGUUUUCAAGGUUCCUCAUUUCACCACCUAUGGUCUUGAUUAUGAUAGUGAUGAGGAAGAAGAAGGUGAGAGCCUAAACCAAAGCACUUUGAGUGCUGCUCCUGACACUCCGACUCCGAAGGCCCAAACCCCUGCCAAUCCCGACAACACCGUGGGUUCGGAGCACCUGUCGGCCUUCUCCACUGACGACUCCUUCCUCGGUUCCGUGGCUGGCGUCGAUGACGACACCUUUGAUUUCAAAAAGCGUAAGAUAGUCCCCGGAGCGUUUGGCCAACAGGCGACGGAGACGAUGGAUGACGAGCAUUCGGGCUCGGAGGAGGAAGAAGACGAGUCUUUUUUAGAGGACGGCUCCACGGGUUCGACUAUUGAGCAGGACGGCGACGACAUUACCGAAAGUCUGCAGUCUGGCGAGUCUGAAGUCGAAUUGGAUAAGAGUGAGGAAAUGGAUAUGGCGGGUACAUUUCCGAACCUUCAUCAUACCGUGGAGCGUGACGACACCGAAAGCACCGACACAUACAUGGAAGACCCUCGGCUGUUGCUGAAGCCUUGGAAUACGCCGGCGAAGCCUCGUCUGGAUCUGACUGGUGAUUGGGCCGAACAGUUGCAGCGUACUAUUAGCCCCCGGAAGCAGAACCGCGAUGCCCUACGUGAGAUUCAGGCGAAUGCUUUCAAUGACCGGUCUUUGCAUGAGGAGACCCCGAAGCAGUCUACCAGCGAGACAAAGCAGAAGGGGUUUGCAACCAGUAUUGAUCUAAUGAAUUCCUUAUUCCAGCAACCUCGGAAACAACAGGCCGCAUCUCCUUUGAAAGCACAGAGUGCACGGCCCAAAGGCCCGGAGUGGCCCUACCACAAGCAACCCAAGACUUAUGCCGGCGAGUCCAACGAACUGAGCGCUGAUGAUCUUGCCUUCCAUCACUCCUUUAAACCACGCUGGGGACCCGCAAACUCACUGCUCUGCGUACGUAACAACAUCGGUCCUAUCGAAGUUGGGUUGAAUCGCUGGGAACACAGACUCUCCGUAACCAGCGAAGGACGCGAUGUUUCCCUUCUAUCGUAUCAGAAGGCCACUGAGCCGACUGUGAUGCUCGAAGCCCAGCGUGAACAAACAAUCAUCAAGCCCGUGGAUGGGGUAGUGCCGUUCGCUCGCCUGGCCCGAGCCGACUUCCAGAAGUUGUCCGCCACAGCAUCGAGCAGUACAGGCGUGACCGACCAAGAACGUUUGCUCUGGCAGCUAGCUAAUAUCUUGUUCAACGACGAGCUUGAGGAUGAUAUUUCUGCAGGCGUGCCCCAGGAGGUCCGGUCGCAAUUUUCCCACCGCAUCAAGAAAGAUCGUCUUACCCGGUUGUUGGAAGGAAUCAUUCGUCAGAAGCAAGCUCAAAAAUUGGGCAAGGUGGGAUCGGCUGAGGAACGAGCUGUCCAUCUCCUUUGCGCCCACCGGGUCGAGGAAGCCUGCAGUGUCCUGCUCUCAGGCCAAAACCCCCAUCUUGCCACUCUCGUUUCGCAGAUUGGUCGCGAUACCACUGUCCGGGAGGACUUGGCCAAGCAAGUUGAUAUGUGGCGUCAGAGCAAUGCGUACUCGGAAAUGACCGAGCCUGUGCGCGCUUUGUACGAACUGCUCGCAGGCAAUGCCCUCCGCAGCGAAGGAAAGUCCACUGGGGCGCUUGAGGAUCGGAUAUCCGCGUUCACAUUCUCGGAGCGGUUCGACUUGGACUGGUUCCAAGCUUUUGGUCUGCGCCUUUGGUAUGGGAUCAGUGACGAGGAGCCGCUUGAAACUGCGGUCUGCCAAUUCGUCAACGACCUGCGCAGUGGUGUCGAAACCGCGCUUCCCUUGCCACUUCCCUCCGAAUUCCAUGAAUUCAACGCUUCGCAGGAUCGAGAAUCUCCGCUGUGGGUGCUGCUGAAGGUGUAUGCCGCGACCACUGAUUUCGCUAAAGAUACCCAGUUCGAGGGACUGGAAUUCCCGGCCGCCCUGCUUCCCGAGUCGUUGACAGGUGACAGGCUGACCAACCGCUUGUCCUUCCAGUUGUGUCAGCUCCUCACGGCGGCGGUUGGGCACAACGAUCGUUUCCAGCUCAACGUGGCUCAGAUGGAUCAGCUUACCUGGGAUUACGCAUGGGAACUCUGCAGUUCUGGUGCCCUUGCACGGAGCAUUUUUGUUCUGCUUCACCUCUCUCGCGCUUCCGAUCGGGAACGAGCUAUCAAGGACAUGCUGGCUCGAUUCGCGCCGCUGCUUCCACAACCGACUAAAGAGGACGGAUCACCGGACAAGAUGUGGACGUACCUAGUCCGAGAUACACAGGUGCCGGAGAACUGGAUCUGGGUGGCAAAGGCACUUUAUGCGCGGGACACCGGGGAUGCUGCCCACGAAGUGGAUUACUUGGUGCGGGCCAAAAACUGGAACGAUGCACAUGCCACCUUCUGUCGCGUUGUCGGACCGUCGGCAGUCAUUGAAGGCGACUAUGCUACGCUAGAAAUGCUGGUGUCGGGCUUUGGCGCCGAGCCGGAGCGCAAAGUGCGUGGCUGGGCUCGAGGCGGCGGCAUCUACGACGAUUUCCUGCAUCUGGCCACGGCCAGAGCUGGCAGACGUGACUCGACGCGACUGUACCGACUGGUACAAGCAUUGGUUCAGCUGGGGGAUCAGAUCCGACAGGGCUCGGGCGUGGAAGGCCUGGAGGAACGCGUUGCAUUCCGGGAAAUGAGUCGAGCCGUGGCGCGCUGGACGUCACACGAAGACAGCCAGGCCAACGAUCUGUCGAGUGUGCUAAGUCUGCCGCUAACGGGCGAUGCGCGCCUCACGCAGACGGCAGAAAUGAGUCGACGUUACUACGGGGUUAUUAUGGCUGGAGGGUAUUAA